AUGGCUUGCUUAAAUACAUAAUAUGAGGAAAUAAAGCUUGCGCUAUUGAAUAUGGUAUGUGAAUACAAACAAUUCUCAAAUCAAAUGAUAAACAGGCAACAUGAAAAAGUUAAAAAAGCUGAAACAAGUUCAAUAUUUCUAAUUUAUAUUUCUUUUAGUUUUAAGAAAUAACAGAAUAAAGUGGCUAAGAAGGAAUAUGCCAGAAAUUAAAAAUUAAUACAUUGCUAAUUAAACUCAAAAAGUAAUAUUAAUAUCAUAAAUAGGGUGUAUUAAUCUCUGAGAAUUAGAAUCGUCAAAAUGAACCCCUAAAAAAGCAGAACACUUGCACAGAUUAAACAACCCAAACCGAUGAUGAGAAUGCNUAAUCUAUUUCAUCGCUUAUUUAUUCUUAUAUUUCUUAGAAUAUUUCGUCAUUUAUAAAAUCAUUAUUUAUUCCUUCUUUAAUUGCUAUGAUCAUAGUUAUAUUUAAUCUUCUUGACAUAUUCUCAUAGCAUAUUUAUCCCCUAUUUAUUAUAUUUAAAUCCUUUUCUUGUUCACCCUCUUUUCAAAGCCUAUUUUAUCCCCUAAAUUUACCAAAUUAAUCCUCUAUCUUUAAAUUAUUCAUCAUAAUUUUCAUAGCCACUUUUAUUCUAUAUUUUUGUCGCUGA